AUGGACACGAACAGUGCAACAAAUAGUGAAAUAAUGGACAAUAGCGUCAAGAUGAUUAGGGACCCGAUUUCCAUGAAGGAAAAAUUAAUUAAAUGUUAUAAGUGCCUAAGCGACAUCAGAUUGGACGCUCUCACCUGGGGUGCCACCCAGGCGAAUACCAAACUAGUGAAAUGUGAACAGUGUAAGUUGGACCUCCUAAUGAAAGCUGCAGUGAGCACAAAAAUAAGAACUAACGGACAAAGCGUAGAACUUUUUAGUGAAAUAACCGUAUACCGGGCCCCACUGAGGACUGGAAUAAAAUCGAACAGAGUGUGCGGACAAUGCAAGUAUAUACGUGAAUUCGUCACCAUAAGCCAAUUAGACUUUACCUCGGAAGAGCACUACAGAUGCAUAAACUGUGGUAGUGACCAAUGUGCAAGAAUCAAUCCUAAAACUGCACUAAACAGUAUCAAUAAAGUGAAGAAAAAAAACGCGGGAAACGUGGAGGCGGUGGAAUAUUCCACAGCGCUGCGGCCGCGCCCGGCGUCAGUGCAAAGUCCAACGCUGCAGUACCCCCCACCGCACCUGCGCGCGCCGACGGAGGCGCGCGUCACGUGA